UUUUUUUUUUUUUUUUCUUGAAUGGCUGUUACUAGUAUUAUCCAGUGUCAAAUCCUCAACGCAUUUUCUUUCAACAAAAAUCAAAAUCAAAUUAAGAAAUUAUCAUUAGCCAAAUUAUCUCCAACGCAACUUCUUGUAAACCAAAAGCGUUUCCCGCAAACUAAACUUGAAGCACUUGCCAACGUUGUCGAUGACCUUGAAGCCGCUGUCAAAAAUGGCAUACAGAUCGAUGAUCCCAGUAUGUUUUCUUCAUUGCUUGAAACUUGCUUCCGUUUGGAAGCUGUUGAACAAGGUAUCCGAAUUCACCGCUUAAUACCAAAAACACUUCUACGCAGAAACGUGGGUGUUUCAUCAAAGCUUCUUAGAUUGUACUCGUCUAAUGGUUAUAUCGAAGAAGCCCACCAAGUGUUCGACUAUAUGUUUGACAGAAACUCAUCUGCUUUUGCUUGGAAUUCACUUAUAUCAGGCUAUACCGAAAUGGGAUUGUACGAAGACGCAUUGGCUUUGUAUUUUCAAAUGGUGGAAGAGGGUGUAGACCCAGAUGGGUUCACGUUUCCUCGUGUGCUCAAAGCUUGCGGUGGCAUGGGGUUGAUUCACAUCGGUCAGCAAGUUCACCGUGAGAUUAUUCGUUGUGGGUAUGUGAACGAUGGAUUUGUGCUUAACGGGUUGGUUGACAUGUACGCUAAAUGUGGUGACAUUGUGAAAGCACGUAAAGUGUUCGAUAAAAUUCCUUCAAAAGAUCUAGUUUCUUGGAACUCGAUGCUUACAGGGUACGUGAAACACCAACUCUUAUUCGACGCUUUGGUCAUAUUUCGAUUCAUGAUACAAGACGGGUACGAGCCAGACUCCAUUUCAAUUUCCACAAUCCUCACAACUGAUCUGUCACAAAAACUCGUAUCCCAAAUUCACGGAUGGGUUAUUCGUAAGGGAACAGAAUGGCAUCUACCAAUCGCCAAUUCUCUGAUUCUUGUCUACUCAAAUCAUGGGAAGUUGGAUUUAGCACGAUGGGUGUUCGAUGAAAUGCCUGAAAGAGAUUUGGUUUCAUGGAACACCAUAAUUUCAGUACACAAAAACCACCGAAAUGCCCUUUCAUACUUCAAUCAUUGGUGA